AUUGCAAAUAAUCACAAAUAGUCACAUAAAUUCCGAAAAAUGAAUACAUUUAAUUUAUAUAACAGCAAAUACACAUGCCGUGCAUGCAUGAGAACUGAUCAAGAUCUUUCUACCAUGUCUGCAGAUGAAAUAAUGCUGUAUCGUGAUUUCGUAAAGCUGAAAAGCGGACCAGACACAGUAAUGAAAUUAUGUUUUAUAUGCCGAAGUAUGUUUAGCAAAUUUUUGAAAUUCAUCGUUCAAUGUCAAAGAACAUAUGAAAUUAUGAAUGGAAUAUCCAAAGAGGUUGAACUAAACAAAUACAAACUUCACGACUACUCUUGUACCACGGCCACUCAUUAUUUGGGCCCUGAGAUUGAAGAUGACUUGAAUUAUGAUCAGUUUUAUGAUGACAAGUAUGAUGAUGAUAUGCCUUUAGUGAUGUUGAAGAGUGAUAAAGAAGAAGACAGAGUCAAGAGGAAAAGAAAGAAGCAAAAUACGAUGGUAACACCAGAAAACAAGAAAGAAGAAGAAAAAAGAACAGAAAUGAAAAGAGGCAAACAGAAGAAACAGCUUAAAGAAGGUUUCAGUUCAAGAAUGGUGCAAGAGACGAACGAAUAUGAAGUUAUCAAACUGAGCAAAGAACAGGUGUUAGAAGAAAUGGCGGCCAAAUCGAAAAGCGACAAGUAUUUGAGGUCCGUGUACAAAUGUGAGAAAUGUGUGAAAGGAUUCAACUUUAAAGACGUCAUCGACAACCACAUGAAGAAACACUCACAGGAAAGCGGCACGCUGAAGUGUGAUAUUUGUGCUCAGUACUGUCCAAGUGCUGUAUCUAUGAGAGGACACAUGAAAUCUCACACCACUAGAUACAAAUGCAAGAUAUGCGGCGCUGUUCGGAUCUCCCGACAACAUUUGUUAGAACACUAUUCCAUAGAACAUACUUUUGACGCGAACACAUACUCCUGCGAGCAAUGCUCCUUCACCACCAAAAAACGCACAGUAAUCCAGAGGCAUGUGAAAACCCACAAGGUCGGCAAGAAUCUGACGUGCAGCGUGUGUGGGGCAGGCUUCAACAACAUGCAUGCGUUACGAAUGCACGUGUCCCGCCACGACCCCGCGCAGCGCUUCAACUGCCCGCAAUGCAACAUGAAGUUCAUAUACCCGUCCCUCUUGCACCGGCACAUGCGGUCCCACUCGCACAGGGACCACUACUGCGUCGAGUGUGACGUCACGUUCAAGUCGCUGGACAAUUUAAAACUCCACUUCAAAAGGGCGAAAAAACACAGAGACCCGUCAACAUACAAGUACAAAUGCUCGCAAUGCGACGAGCGUUUCAUCUCGCCGUCCUCCGUUUUGGCGCACCUGAGCGCGACGCACGGCGCCGCCAAGAGCCACGCAUGCGCGCUGUGCGGGAAACUGUACUCCAGCAGAGAGAGCGCACGGAGCCAUGAGAGACGCGCGCACGCCAGAGAGAAACUGGCGUGUGACGUUUGCAAUAAAGAUUUUAGUCGUAAGUACGUGUUGGCGAAGCACCAGCGUGCGCACGCGGCGCUCUGCUGCGGGUUCGAGUCCACGGACAAGAAGAAACAUCAAGAGGAGAACACCGGCAUACAACCAGUGAACCAUGAGACUUGACUAAUAUAUUAG